AUGUCAGACAAUUUCUUCAGGACAAUCGGGAAUGAGGACACCGUCUAUCACAGUGAGGCUGGCUUCGAUGACAGCUUCAAAAUCGAUAUCACUUUCACAAAGAUGGCGUUUGAGGAAACCGUAAAUGCCCCAGAAGCACCCCCCAUAUUUCGUGUCAAUUACUGUGGCAAUCCAUUGAAGGCUUUCCACAAUAAUGGGGAUAUCUUGGGCACGCCCACGAUGGUAUUCGAUAUUUGGAUCACUCUCACUACGAGAUAA